ACAAAAAAAUCCAUAUUCAAUUGCUUGUUCCUUCUUUCUUCCACCAUCUAUCUACCUAGUCGUAACAGUAUUACACACAUUCUGAAUUUUUGACACUUUCUCUUCUUCUCUCUCAAUUAUUCAAUUUCAUUAUUACACAUUCGUUGAAUUUCAGAUCUCAUCAAUUAGAUCUGAAAACUUCAACAACAAUGGCGAAAUCUAGAUACUCUCGUUUUCCAUCUCGUAAAUCUUCUUCUUCUUACACAAUCAUUUUCGCUUUAUUCAUCGCUUUCACUUUCCUAAUCCUCAUUCUCCUCGUUUUCGGAAUCCUCUCCAUUCCUUCUUCCAAUCAAAACUUGCCUAAACCCAACGAUCUCACCUCCAUUGCUCAUAACACCGUUGACAGUGUUGAUGAUGAAGAAGGUAAAGGAGAGCAGUGGGUUGAAGUUGUAUCAUGGGAGCCAAGAGCUUUUGUGUAUCACAAUUUUCUGAACAAGGAAGAAUGUGAAUAUCUGAUCGACAUAGCAAAGCCGAAUAUGCACAAGUCAACCGUUGUCGACAGUGAGACUGGAAAGAGCAAAGACAGCAGAGUGCGUACAAGCUCUGGAACUUUUCUUGCCAGGGGACGUGAUAAGAUUGUGAGGAAUAUUGAGAAAAGAAUUGCCGACUUCACUUUUAUACCUGUAGAGCACGGUGAAGGACUUCAAGUUCUACAUUAUGAAGUUGGACAAAAGUAUGAGCCUCAUUAUGACUACUUUCUUGAUGACUUUAACACAAAGAAUGGGGGUCAGCGCAUAGCAACAGUACUGAUGUACCUUACAGAUGUUGAAGAAGGAGGCGAGACAGUGUUCCCUGCUGCCAAGGGGAAUUUCAGUUCUGUGCCAUGGUAUAAUGAGCUUUCUGAUUGUGGGAAAAAAGGACUUUCGAUUAAGCCAAAGAGAGGUGAUGCAUUACUUUUCUGGAGCAUGAAGCCGGAUGCAACUUUAGAUGCAUCAAGCUUGCAUGGUGGUUGUCCAGUAAUUAAAGGAAAUAAGUGGUCAAGUACCAAAUGGAUCCGCGUCAGUGAAUACAGAACUUGAGUAUAUGUUACUAUAGUUGCUGCUGAUCACCUCUCAUGUUGAUCGACUUAUUUUUCAGGCUUGUCUGAGUUCAUCACUCCAACGAUGUGCAAUUUUAAAGUCUCGGCUCAGCUAAUACUUCGCACAAUGGAGCUUCAGAUCUCGAAGGAAAUGCUUACAGCUUAAUGUGUGGUUUUGUAAUUUUUUAUGUUAUGUAGCUUAGGUAACUCAUUUUUUUUUCUCACACUUCUUCAUUUAUAUGUAGCAAAUACAAUAAAAAAUAAGUACUUGUGAAGUUGUGAACUUUGCCCAAGGGAGAUUCAAGAAAAUGUAUGAAACCAAUAGAUGUAACAAAGUAUACGGGCUUUUUCCUCCGAGCUCA